CUGCAGAUAUACCGAGAAGAAGAGACCCAGGACCCCUCGCACGUCCCCCUCCAGGAAUAAAACUCCGGCUUUGGUUUCAUCCGAGCUCCGGUCACUGCGCGCAACUUUUUACGCACUGAAAACCAGAUAUUUGGAGGGGGCUGCGCGUGCUCCAUCUUCCACCUCUGUCUGCGCCGGAGUGCCCAGUUUUACGCAGCUCGCUCGCCUGCGGCUAAAGAACCGGACUGUUAUCACGCGACCGUUCUUAUCUGGUGAGAUUAUACACCGAGAGUCCCUGGAACGAGACUGUGCCCCUCGUGCGCAGGAGACCUGUCAUCAACGCUUUAAACGAUCUGCGAUGCUAUUGAUAGAAAGUUUCUGAUCUGGAACGGAGCUCGCGAUCUACCGUGCUGUUUGAUGUGGUUUCAGGGUUUACAGGAAAGUUUCAGACACAGAAGAGAGAGGAAGAGUCUUUUCGGGUGGACAGAUUCAGGUCCAGGGACUGAGACCGGCCUAUAGGCUACUCUCUGAUUCCACGCAGUGCUUUGGCUAAAACCUUGUAAAAAUGUAUCAAAGCCUGGCCUUGUCCUCCAACCAGUCCCCUUACGCUCAUGACACUGGGAACUACAUGCACCCCUCGGCCAGCUCUCCAGUCUACGUCCCCACCACCAGAGUUCCAGCCAUGUUGCCCACUCUGCCAUAUCUGCAGACCUGCGACACGCCCCACCAGCCCCACGGCCUCGGCGGACACAACGGCUGGAGCCAGAGCGCCACGGACGGCUCUUCCUUCGCCCCCAGCAGCCCUCACACCCCGCAUGGAUUCUCCUACUCGCACAGCCCACCGGUCAGCAGCAACGCCGUGCGGGACGCGGCCUACCAGAGCCCGCUGCUGCUCGGGAACGGCGCCCGCUCGGAUCAGUACGGCGGCUCCUUGGUGCGUCCGGUUGGAGGCUCUUAUUCCAGUCCUUACGCGUACAUGAGCCCAGAGAUGGCGACCUCCUCCUGGACGCCGGGACCCUUCGAGAGCGGAGUGAUUAGUCUGCAGGGCCGACAGGCCGGUCUGUCUGGCAGAAGGUCUAGUCUGGACCUGAUAGACGACAUGGCCACGGAGGGCCGCGAGUGCGUGAACUGCGGCUCCGUGUCCACGCCGCUGUGGCGCAGGGAUGGAACCGGACACUACCUGUGCAACGCCUGCGGCCUCUACCACAAGAUGAACGGCAUCAACAGGCCGCUCAUCAAGCCGCAGAAACGGCUGCAGACCACGUCCCGCCGGGCCGGCCUGUGCUGCACUAACUGCCACACCAGCACCACCACGCUGUGGAGACGCAACGCUGAGGGAGAGCCUGUCUGCAACGCCUGCGGCCUCUACAUGAAGCUGCACGGGGUGCCCAGACCUCUGGCCAUGAAGAAAGAAAGUAUUCAGACCAGGAAGCGCAAACCCAAGAUGCCCAAGAAUAAAACAUCCACAGGCUCCAUCACCUCUGACACCAGCUCCCCAUCCACCCUUUCAGUUUCAGAACAUGCCUCCACAGUAAAGAGCGAACCCAACAUGGCGCCGUCGCCCUACGCCGGGCAGACCGUCACGUCUGGUACUCAGACAACAUCUCAGUUAGACAGCACAGGAUCCGGACAUGUGGAUAUUAAGUAUGAGGAUUAUCCCUUCACCCCAACCUCAAUGGCCCCACACAAUUCCUGGUGCGCUCUAUCCCAAGCAUGAGCGGGCUGCCAUACUGGCUGAACUGGACUUCAUCAUGAAGGCCAUCUAUCCACCCUGGAAUGACUUCCUCUGACUCUGGAGCUACUGUUAAAUAAUCUACCAGCAUCUAUCAGAGGCCUGUCUGCUGUAUUCAGCCUCAGAGCAGGAAAUCUCCCUGCAGUGUUAUAUACUGUAAGACCAGCACAGCUCACCGGGACAGAACUGUUAUCCAGAACUGGACUGAUUCAGGCCACAUUUCCUCAGGAGGACAACAAGAACUACCUACUGCCGAAAGAAACAUGCUACACACAGCUGAGGGUACAGUAACCCCUCUUUAAUCUUCAUCAAUGACUUCAGCUUCAUCAUGUUUCUGCUGCUGCUGUCAGUCCAUCCUCACCACCUUCACCGUGUCUUCUGCUUCAAUAUGUUAUCACUGCAAGAAACAUGGACAGACAGUACCUCCUCCCUCUCUUUCUCCCUCUUUCUCUCUCUCUGUCUGUCUGUCUGUCUCUCUCUG